CUUUCUCAAACUGCACAGGUUAAGCAUGGCUGCGCUCUUGAGAUCGGCCCGGCUCCUGAGUUUUUCUUCCCCGUUUCUGCUCCAGGUCGUCGGAGCGACUGUCCUUGGCGGCUCGCUCUCCAGGCUCGGUAGCCGGACUCUGAGCGGCAGAGGGAUCGGAGGAUGUCACGGCCGUGUCCUUAUCGGAACCGGUGUAAACAGGAGUGUGAGUGGCAGCGGUGUGCGUCUGUUGGCCAUCUCCGCACAGGAGAAGGGGGCGUCUCGGGAUGAGAGCAGCUCGGCUGUGCGCUCCCGCCAGGCGGAGCAGUUUGACUGGGCUCUCAACAAGCUGGACAGCUCCGUGAGGAGGACUGGGCGCAUCACCAAGACCCAGCUGCUCAAGAUCUUUCACGAUAUGUGCCGCACAGGAUAUCCCAGUGGAAACCAGGCUCUGCUCCUGCUGCGGAGCUGUGGCGCUCUGCUCCCGGAGAUUCACCUGUCUGAGCGCACUGAGCUGGCACACCGCAUUUGGGGAAAACUGCUGGAACUGGGUGCUGUCUAUGAUGCCAGUCAUUACAACGCCUUGCUCAAGGUCUACUUGCAGAAUGAGUUCAAGUUCUCCCCAACAGAGUUUCUCGCAAAAAUGGAGACGGCAAACGUGCAGCCCAACAGAGUAACCUAUCAAAGGUUAAUCGCUGCAUACUGCAAUGAGGGGGACAUCGACGGUGCCAGUAAAAUCCUGGGCUUUAUGAAGAGCAAAGAUCUUCCCAUCACAGAGGCAGUGUUCAGCUCCCUGGUGACCGGCCAUGCCAGAGCUGGUGAUAUGGAGAGUGCUGAGAACAUCUUCACAGUAAUGAAGGGAGCUGGAAUCGAGGCUGGUCCAGACACUUACCUGGCUCUGCUCAAUGCCUACGCUGAAAAGGGGGACAUUGACAACAUCAAGCAGACCCUGGAGAAGGUUGAGAAGACAGAUGCCAGUCUGAUGGACAGGGACUUGAUGCAGAUCAUCUUCAGCCUGGCCAAGUCUGGGCACCACCAGUAUGUGCAGGAGAUCGCAGAGCGCAUGAGACACGACCGCGGAUACAUUCCUGACGCGAUGAACCUGUGCCUGAGCCUCAUCACGCAGGGGAUGGAGGACACAGCCUUCCAGCUGCUCAAGACCUUCCCCACAUUACAGCCGGAAAGUCACAAUGGAGACACGCCAGACCUCGGCAACUUCUUCCUGCGCCACUGCGUCAACAUGGACAAGCCGGUGGAAAAGUUGAAGCGUUUCUGCAGGGAGCUUCAGGAGAGCGGCCUGCACGUCUCAGCCCUGCCCUUCACCCUCUACUGCGCCCUGGAUGCCAAAAAGACAGCUACGGCAGUGGAGCUGAUGAAGGUGAUGAAGGAGGAAGGGCUGCCGGUGAGAACGCACUACUUCUGGCCUCUCCUUGCGCAUCACCAGAAAGAGAAGAAUUCUCAAGGUACAAUGGAGGUUCUGAAGGCCAUGCAGGAGCUGGGUGUGGAGCCUGAUGUGGACACCUACACGAACUACGUGCUCACCUCCUUCGACAGCCUGGAGAUCGCUCACACCAAGCUCAGGGAGGUGGGCUGCUCCGUGGAGACUGAGGGGUUUGCUGCCUCUGAGCUGAGGUCGGAGGCAGUGAAUGGGAGGCUGGAGAGCAUUCUUGCCAUGCUGUCUUCACUGACCAUGCCUGCAGUGGAGCUGAGUUCAUUCAGGGGAAGCCUCAUUCUAGGAUUCAAAAGGUCUCAAGAUGUGGAUACCAUGGCAAAGAUCACAGAGCUGCUGCACAGGGACAGACGCUUCAGCGCGGCACCUGCUGGAUCCACUGAGGUGGUUGGAUAUUUCCUUUAUAACCUGAUCGACAGCAUGAGUGACUCUGAGGUGCAAGCCAGGGAGGAGACUCUCAGACAGUACUUCCAUCAGCUCAAGAAGAUGAACAUUGUAAUCUCUGCCAAUAUAUACAGAGGUAUUCGGAACCUGCUGGAUUCGUACCAUGUUCCAGAACUCAUCAAGGACGUCAUCGUUUUGGUCGAUGAGAAAGAAAAGCUUUCAGCCAGCGAUCUGCUCAAAGGCCCAGAAGUUAAAGUGUCUGCUCUGGAGAGUAAGCUGGCAGAGUUGAAGACUGAGAACAAGCCAAUCGGAGAGACACUCAAACAGCUCAUCCUGGCCCUCUGUGCUGAAGAGAACAUGCCGAAAGCCCUUGAACUGAAAAGCCAGCAUGAGGCGGACAUGGUCGUCGGCGGCUAUGCGGCUCUGAUCAAUCUGUGCUGUCGUCACGACAACGUCGAGGAAGCGCUCAACUUGAAACAAGAAAUUGACCGUAAAGACUCCUCUGUGGUCCUGGAUGUCAACAAGUAUUUGGGGUUGGUGAAGGUCCUCGCAAAGCACGGCAAAAUCGAUGACGUGCUCGGCAUCCUGAAGGAGAUGAAGGAGAAGGGCGUGGCCGUGCGGGACGCCAGCGUCACUUCAUUCUUCCACAUCCUGAACGCCUCGGCCAUGCGUGCGGAGGAGGAGGUUGUGCGGAGCAUCCUGGACGCUCUCUUCACCCUGGGCCUGGCCAAGCCCUCCGCCAACCUCUGCUCCCCGCUCGUCACUGUGCACCUGGAGAAGGGGGACCUGCCCACUGCGCUGGAGGCUUCCAUGGACUGCCAAAGGAAGUAUAGCCAGAUGCCUCGCCUCCAUGACGUCCUGUGUAAGCUGGUGGAGAAGGGCGAGACUGAACUCCUGCAGAAAGCGAUGGAUUUCAUUAGCCAGGAGCGGGGUGAGAUGACAAUGCUGUACGACCUGUUCUUUGCCUUCAUGCACACGGGCAAAUACAAGGAGGCUCGCAAAAUCAUUGAGACUCCUGGGCUGAGGUCUCGUCCUGGGCGGCUGCAGUGGUUUUCUGAGAAGUGCAUUGCUGCCAACCAGAUGGAGACUCUGGAGAACAUGGUGGAGAUGACUCGGAAGCUGUUUGAGUGUGAUCGGGACGAGAUGUACUACUAUCUCACCAGACUCUGCAAGGAGAACAAUGACUGGAGGAAGGCUGAAGCCACCUGGAUGAAGAUGCAGGAGGAGAACGUCAUCCCGCGGGAGCGGACCCUGAGGCUGCUGGCUGACAUUCUGAAGAGCAACGGGCAGGAGGUGCCGUUCGAGGUGCCCGAGGCGUGGUUUGAGGAGGCUGCAGAGAUGGAGAAGACAAAGGGCAAAGCCUCCAGCACCCCGGCCUCCCUCCCUGCUGACUCGCCCAUCGAGUACCAGCGCCGCAUCAUGGCCCUCUGCAAGAAGAACAUGAGCGGAGAGGCGUACAGGGUCCUGUCUGACGCUGAGAGCAAAGACCUGGCUCUCCACUCUGCUGCCUACAACAGCCUUAUCAAGUCUCUGCUGGCCGAAGGCAACCUGGAGGAUGCCAUGAAGGUUAAAGACAUAGCCAGGAGCCGAAUCUCAGGCUUCACUCUGAGCGACACGGCCAGCAGCCUCCUCCUCAUCACCCAAGUGAGGCGGGACAAUCUGAAAGGUGCCCUGAGCAUGCUGAAGGGGAUGCUGCAGGCCGACCAGGUCCCCACGCAGCUGGCUGUCACCAGGCUGGUCCAGGCACUGGGGAUGAAGGGAGACGUGGAGAGCAUUCAGGCAGUGGAGAGCAUGAUUAAAAGCCUGGGACAGUCCAUUAAUUUAUCACGCAUGCUUUUCAUCAAUAAUAUAGCUGUCGCACACAUCAAGAACAAUGAUGUUGACUCUGCAGUGCAGUUCAUUGAGCCCCUGUUUACUCCGGGGAGCGGAGGUCAGAGUUCAGGGCUGCAGGUCAGCAGUGUAUCCUUCGUGUUCAGGAAGGUCAUUGAAGAGAGGCUGGAGCCUGCUUUGGAUAAGUUAAGCGCCAUGGCAGAGAGACUGGCAAACCACUUUGCUGCGUACAGACCAGCCACAGACCUCUUCCUGCAGUUCCUGGACACCGGCAGGACUGAAGACGCCAAGUUCCUUCUGCAGAGAUGUGCUGGUAUAGGAGAACAAAAGGAGAUCUUGGUAGCCUACAUCACCAGGGCAGCACAGAAGCCUGGCCAGGCUCCAAAGAUCAAAGCUCUGCUUGACAUCUUACCCGACUUCCCUGACAAGGAGCUGGCUUACGCCUACCUCAUGAAGUGCUAUGGGUUAGACAAUGACAUCGCUGCAGCCAAGGCUCUGUACCAGCAGAUGCAGGAGGAGCACAUGCAGCCUGACGAGUUGUGCCUGAAGAGACUGGCCCUGCUGCUGAAGAGCGCUGGGGAGCCCGUCCCCUUCACAGAGCCCCCGGAGAGCUUCAGGUUUUACGCAGACAAGCUGAGACGAGGCAGCAGUAACCAGCUCUCAGAGGACGACUAGAUCUAGUUUCAUUGCUCUUUGUUUUGUUAUUUUUUUAUAUAUAUACUGUAUACUGCUGCUGAAAAUGUGUAGGUUAAUGUUUGUUAUUACAUGUGACUUCUCAUCGCUGUACAGAAGUAUUUAUCCAUGCCAAUAAAAUCUGGGACACGUCAGGGGUGUGAAGUGGA